AGCGCAGUGCAUUGUGGGAGCGGCGGGUAUGUUUCCAUCAUGGCGGCCUCGAUUUCGGGCUACACCUUCAGUUCUGUGUGUUAUCACAGCGCCAACAGCAACUCCGACCACGAGGGAUUCCUGUUGGGAGAAGUGAGACAAGAAGAAACAUUAAGCAUAAGUGAUUCUCAGAUUAGCAGUUCAGAGUUCCUCCACAUCGUAGAGGUCCAUAACCAUGAGCCGUGUGCACAGCUGUUUAGCUUUUAUGACUACGCAGGUAAAGUCAAUGAAGAAAAUCUCAACAGAAUCCUCAAAGACAGAAGAAAAAAUGUUAUCGGCUGGUACCGGUUCCGCAGGAACACACAGCAGCAGAUGUCGUUCAGGGAGCAGGUGAUACACAAACAGCUCACCAACAUAUUAGGCAUCCCAGAUCUCGUCUUCCUCCUCUUCAGCUUCAUCUCUACAGCCAAUAGCUCAACACAUGCACUGGAGUACGUCCUCUUCAGGCCCAACAGAAGCAGGUAUAACCAGAGGAUAUCUUUGAGCAUCCCAAACCUGGGAAACACCAGUCAGCAGGAAUAUAAAGUCUCCUCUGUCCCCAAUACCUCCAAGAACUAUGCCAGUGUUAUUAAAGAACAUGGGGCAGAGUUUUUUGAUAAGGAUGGAGUGAUUAAAGAUAUUCGAGCCAUUUUCCAGGUGUACAGCGCUCUUCAGGAUAAGGUGCAGGCGGUCUGCGCUGAGGUGGAUCAAAGUGAGCGAGUUAAAGAGAAAAUCCAGGAGGAAGUAAAAAAGCUGAAAGAGGAGAUCAGUCUCAGGAAACGCAUCACUGCUGCAGAGGAGAGGAGACACCAGGAGUCGCUGAACACAGAGAAUCACUCUCUGCAGGACGACUCAGCUCUGUCGGAUUCUUCUUCUCCCCCCUCUCUGACCCGCGUGCUUCUCCAGAGUCCUCCGCUGGAGGUCAGCCUGGACUGGCCCCCGAACUCAACAGCCCUGCCCCUUUACCCCGCGGCCCCGGCCCCGCCCCCGGCCCCGCCCAGCGCCAUCCUGCUGCCCCGGCCGCAAGCAGUCGGGUCCCCCGGGCACCCCUCCCCCGGCCUGGGCCUGGGAAACGGGGACGGCUCCAGCUCGGAUUCCCUCAACCGGCAGGCCAUCGGGCAGGAGGACCAGCUGGAGGAGGAGGAGGAGGAGGAGGAUGAAGACGAGGACAGUAGCGAAUAUGAGAACCUGGUUAGCGAGAGGCUUCAGUCCCCCUCGCUGACGGACACUGCUGUUUCUUUAGGACGUCCGGCCGCUCUCUGGCCCGACGGGGACACCCACAGCUCCGGCGGCUCGUCCUGAUCCGACCCAACGCCCAAAAAAUCGCUAUCGGACAGAAUUAGGCAUUAUUAUUAUUAUUAUUAUUAUUACUGUUCGCUGAGAACAGAGACGACGAGAGGAAGGAGACGACCAGGGACGCUCUGGAAAACAUGCAGGAAGACGUAGUAAAAGAGGAAGAAGAAGAAGAAGAGGAAAAGUCUGCAGAGACUCACCUGGUCCUCCUCCCUCUUCGUUUCUCUCCUCUCUCACCUCCUUUUCUGUCCGAGAACAGAGGCUCCACCCCGCUUACUGAUUAUUAUUAUUAUUAUUAUUGACAUUGCUACGAAUCUAGAUCAUCCAAUUACUACACCAUUUACCUCUUGCACUAUUUCUGCCUUGUUUUGAUCUGCAUUCAAGUAGAAAAAGUAAAAAGCAAAGGGAACGAUGUCUUCUGCGGCCUUCAAACUCUCAUCUCUGUGAGCUUAAUCCAUGACUGUUCUUCUCCCUGUUUUACUUCACAAAUCUUACAGACCAAAAACACACAAAAAAAGAGAGAGAGAGAGAGGAACUGUCUGAUCUGAGGAUAAAAGUGCUUUAACUGCACUCUCACACUCGCACUCUCCCGAGUCGUGAAAAAUGAACAGUUUCUUUUUUUGUUUUGUUUUAUUUGCUUUUCAGUAUCAGUCGUUUUCUGUUCAGUCAAACAAAUAGAGGGACUUUUAUUAUGAAAACCAAGAACAUCAACAUCAUCAUCAUCAAAAAAAAAAAAACCAGUUAUAGUUCUACAUUGUUCUGGUCAUUUCUAUGUAUGUGUUCAUCUCCUUUGAUUAGGAUGCUUAUAUUAUUUUUCCAAUACAAAUCAAAUUAACGGUGUCACUCAGCUUGAAUAAGAACAUGAGGUUUACUCUUCAAACGUGCAGAUUGAGAUUGACAUUGAGAUGAGUAAAUUACUGUCUUUAAAAUCCCCUGAUCUCAAGUUUCUGUUAUAAAUGUAGAGGAAAAACACCAAGGCUUUACAAAUCUUUCAGUCUUAAAGGAGAACUCUGGUGUAAAAUGUACUUUUAUUGUAGUAAAACUUGAUAAAAGUUCUUAUCUUUAAUGAAUAACACACCUCCGUAGAGCUCUGACAUUUAAAACGAGGCAUUAAUAACUUAAAAAGUGCAGAAGAAGAUUAUUAAACACUACUGUUUACAUACCAUAACGCUACUAGCUUCAGCUCCGAGUGCAGCCAUUACUGUACUGAUAAUGACAUAGACAUAUAUAUAUAUGCAUAGACUCCACAUAGUGUAGCAGCCUGAAUAACGGUGUAAAAAGUGAUUUAUCAGGGUAAAUUAUGCCCUCUAUCUCCCAGUCUGAAGGGUGUUUGUUGGACGAACUGUUGAAAUUUCUGGAUCUCUGAACGCUGUGGGAGAACGGAGGUGUGCUAUUCAUCAAAUAUAAGAACUUUUUAUCAUGUUUUACUACAACAAAAGUACAUUUUACACCAGAGUUCUGCUUUAAGCCCUAUCUGGAUGGGAUUAGUUACUUAGGGGGUUCUCUUUGGGGUAUUUUUCAAUUUUCUCUUUAAUGGGGGUUUUUAAUCCUCUGUGAUUUUAUUCCUGUCCAGAACGACCAUGUACAUUAUGUAUUUUUUUUCAGACGUCCUUUGAGGAAAGAAAAUACAGGCUGAAGUCUCCUCGUCUGUAAUAAAAUAAUAAAAUAGCUAUUUGUCCACUGCCAUGCACCGUAAUAACUGUACAUUUUGGGCGCGCAGCGGUUUCCACGGAGAUCCACGUUAAAAAACACAACAGCGAGUGGAAAUGGAGGAGCUACUGAACCCCAAGAUGUCACGUGACCGAGAAAGCCUAAACAAAACUCACUGGUCCUCCUGUUUUUACAGUUCAGAUGCAGGAGUUUCAUCACUAAAGAGUAGAAGAAGUGUGAAAUAUUGUUCUCAGAAACUAAUCCCGUCCAGGUUUAGAGCUUGUUACCACUUUCCUGAUUCCAUCUCUACGUCCCUGCCCUCAUUGCUUUCGCACAAAUAGACACAAAAGCUCUUUUUUGUCAAAGCAAUGCUGCGGUGGUGGAUUUGUCCUGCUGGUCAUUCAGUUACUAAGUGAUUCUUUAAAAGUGGGAUUGAAAGGUUGGUAAUCUGCUGUCUGAACUU